UCUAUUAGAAAUAAAUCGUCCAGGUUUAGUAUUGAACUUUAGCCGCAUUUAUAGUCGCCCUCAAUAGCAGUUCCCUCCACCUCCCCAACAAUGUGUGGCAUCUUUGCUUGUCUGUUCUGUGAAGGAGGGAUCAAUGCUCAACUCAAAGAGGAAAUUCUUUGGAAACUGAAGCGAAGAGGUCCAGAUGCAAUCAAGGAGGUCACUCUAAAGGUCGGAGGCCCCUCUCUGCAUCUCAAUUUGAUUGGCUCAUUGCUCCGGAUGAGAGGUGACCCCACCCCCCAGCCGCAUCAAGUGGAGGUGACGUCAGCUACUGGUACACAUCACACCAACCACCUGCUGUGGAACGGGAACAUCUUUGGUGGGGGAAUCAAGAUCCCUCGUGGAUGCAAUGACACAGUAAUAUUGGGCCAGGAGCUUGCUGCCCAGGAGGGGACUGUGGCUGGACUCUUGGCCACGCUGAGUAGUAUCUGUGGACCUUGGGCCCUGGUUUACUGGCAGGAAUCUACCCAGUCUCUGUGGUUUGGUCGUGAUGUCUUUGGUAGGCGGAGCUUACUCUGGCACACCCCCUCUAAAGACGAUGACCUCUUUGCCCUCUGCUCGGUGGGUCACUACAGUGAACAAGAUAUGCCUUUGGGCUAUUGGAUGGAAAUUCCUGCCAAUGGAAUCUACCAACUCAAAUGCCGUGGACCAUUGGAAAGAGGUGAACUAAUCUGCUUUCCAUGGAUGCAAGGAGAUGAGCUCUUCCAGACUGAAUCUAUAAUCCAGGAUGACUUCUCUGCUCUAAACACCACAUUAUCAACCAGCGUAUCAUUAGUCAAGUGUCUCCAGGUGCCAUUCCCUCCCCUCAACAAGCACACACCAACAACCAACCCCACUGAGUGCUGCAAGACGGAGAUCGCAGAUGGUGAUAAUGUAUCUAAAGCAACUACUGUUGAAACCCCAAUCCUACCGCUCUGCGAUGUGUCCCCACCUGUAACUGUACACACUUAUCCUUUGUCUGCACUCGACUGGUCAGUGCUGAGUCAGCAGCUAUUGGACGUCCUACAAGCAGCUGUUCAAGUACGAGUUGACCAUGCCCCUGAAGUCCCGUCCAACACAAGUGGACCCAGUACCGAUCACAGUAUUACCGUUUCGUCAGCCAAAGAACAAUCAGAAUUGAGCAGCGGAAGUGCUACCGUAGUCGAUUGUAAAGACAAUGAAGCUCCAAGCUCUUGUGGUGUACAAUCACUAGAUUCAAAACAUUUUACAAAAGAUGAAUUAAAAGUUCAGGGAGAGAGUUUUACCUCGCUUGAUGAAGUUAGACGUAAAGAAAGUGGAAAACAUAACUCACCGGAAGACAGUUUGCAAGAUAAAGCUGCCCAUUUUGAAGUCAGAGUUGAGCGAAGUGUUGUGAGGGAGGGAAGAGCUAAAGUGGCUGUGUUGUACUCCGGAGGUGUUGAUUCUACAGUAUUGGCUGCUCUCGCUGAUAGGUGUCUGCCUAAAGGGGAAGAGAUUGAUCUGAUCAAUGUGGCAUUUGAGCAAAAAUCAGCUACUGUUGAGAAAAGGUUUGAUGUACCAGACAGAGUGUCUGCUUUUGAGAGCUUGAGGGAGUUGAACCCAGAGAGGGCAUGGAACCUGGUCAUGGUGAAUGGAACAUUGGAAGAAGUCAAUGAAAUGAGACGUACCCAAAUCUCACACAUGGUGUACCCCCUGUGCACAGUGCUGGAUGACAGCAUUGGCUGUGCCCUGUGGUUUGCCGCUAGAGGGGUGGGGCUACUGCACUCUGAUCACCACCCACCAGCUCCGUAUCACAGUCAAGCAAGAACACUGCUUGUUGGCAUAGGAGCGGAUGAGCAGCUGGCAGGUUAUGCAAGACACAGAACCAAGUUCAACUCGUCUGGCUGGCCUGGUCUCACUGCUGAGUUGGAGAUGGAAGUCAAACGAUUGGCCAGAAGGAACCUCGGCAGAGAUGACAGGUGUGUGGCGGACCAUGAGAGGGAGGGGCAGUUCCCAUUCCUGGAUGAGCAUGUUGUCACCUUCCUACAGACACUACCAUCAUGUUGCAAGGCGGACCUCUCCCUCCCACGAGGACAAGGGGAGAAACGUCUAUUGAGAGAAGUGGCUCAUCUCCUUGGUUGCCAUGGUGCUGGCCGGCUUCCCAAGAGAGCUAUUCAGUUCGGCUCCAGAAUGGCCAAAAUGAGUGGAACCAGCAACAACAGAGAGCAAGGGAGUAGUGUGACUGGCAGGCUCUUGCCGGGAACUCACUGAGUCAGCUAGCUGAUCUCGAUCAU